AUGGAUCUGGAGGACUUGGACCACGAGAGGGACUGGAGAGGAUCGCAGAAAAAGAAGCUGGAGCAGCGGCAGCACGCGACGGAGCAGCCUGGCCGAGAUGAGCGCCCUGGCGAAGGCCAGGUGGGUCGCCGUGGAGCAGCCGGUCGGCUGAAGGAGCUCGGAGGCGGAGCGGCAGCUGGAGGCGGAGCUGAGCGAGCGAGGUGGCGUGCAGCAUCACCUGCAACUCGCGCCCUGCUCGUCCAACUGCUCCACGCGAAGAUCGCUUGCUUGUUAGCUGGAGCGAUGCGCCCUCAAGACCACAAUGCCCCGAGCAAGUCGGCAAGCAGGACGAGGAUGAAGGUGCAGCAGCUGGCGAAGGCGCGCGCAAGGACUCUGCGAAUCGCCACAUGGUGCCAUCAGUGGCAGGCGCGAGACGUGCGCAAAUUCGGCGACAGGGCCGACUACCGCGCCGUCGCCGACUCGCACGACGAUCAGCAGUCGGCCUCGACAACCUGGCCGGCGCCUUCACCUUCCUGCUCCUCGGAUUUGCCUUCGCCGCUGAAAUCGCCGCCAAACCUUUGCACGAACGACUGCUACACCUCGAACAGAAUUGAUUCAGCUUCUUUCCUCGCUGCUCACGCGACUCUACGCCUGCCACAAGCAGCCGUCUCCACCUCACCUUUCCCAACGCCUCAGACUGCCUUCUCCGCCACCCCCGCCUCCAACAUCGCUCCCUCCGCCGCUCUCUCCGCCACCGUCUUCGCCGCAAACACCUCGGCCGCCUCCUCGACCGCCUCCACGGCCACCUCAACCCCCGCCUUCACCACCGCUCCCUCCGCCUACGCCUCCGCCGCCUUCGCCGCCUCCACCACCGCUCCCUCCGCCUCCGCCGCCGCCUCCAACGCCGCCGCCGCCACGCUCGACGGCUGCUCGCCGGCGUCCGACCUGGUCUUCGCCAGAGCCUGCUGCGCCUUGUUGAUCCGCUCCUUCCGUCUCCGUGGUCUUCGGGUCCGUCUUCGCUGCUCCUAUUCCUCUCCUUCCUUCAGUCCACCAGUCCGCCAGUCCAGUCCCUCGCGUCCUCCAAGUCCUCCAGAUCCAUCAUAG